AUGCUUUUGGAAGUUAAGUUGAGGGUACUUGAAAUCAAAGUAGAUAAAAUCGUAAAUAAUGAGUAUCAAAAAAAAUUCGAUAAUGCAGAUAAAUGCUGGAUUUGCAAUGAAGCUUUUAGAAUAGAUAAAGAAAAAAUAGCUAAAUUAGAAAACAAAUGCAAACUUCUUAAUAACAAAAUAGAAGAACUGUAUAAGAAGAAAGAAGAUACUUCAACAUUAGUGUUUGAAGUUGAAAAAAUUGAUGAAAAUAUUAAAGCUGAAAGACGUAAAGGUAUAAAGGUUUGGGACCACUGCCAUAUAACUGGAAAAUUCCGUGGAGCAGCACAUAGUGAUUGUAAUUUACAACUUCAAAUUAAACCAUGGAAAAUGCCAAUUCCUGUAAUAAUUCAUAAUUUUAGAGGAUAUGAUUCUCAUAUAGUUUGCCAAUCAGUAGCCAAAUCAGCUAGCGCACAUCAAGUUCGUGUUAUUGCAGAAACAUUUGAACGAUAUAAAACAAUGAAAGUCGGACAAUUAAAAUACAUGGAUUCAUACCAAUUUAUGAAUUCUAGUUUAUCAAGUCUUGCCGAUAACUUGGGUGCAAUAAAAUGUAAAAAAACAAUAUGUUCUCAUUUUCAUGAAAUAGAUAAAGAACGUUGUUUUGGAACACUUGAAAAUCAUAAAAUAACCGUAAAACAUUAUAAAAAUUAUACACAAGAACAAAUUGCAAUGCUUUGUCGAAAGGGAAUUUAUCCUUAUGAAUAUAUCGAUUCUUUUGAAAGAUUUUUAGAAACUGAGCUUCCGCCUAUUGAAAAAUUUAAUAGUAAACUUGCACAUUUAAAGGAUAAUCCAGAAUUACAAUUUGAAUGGCUUGAAACAAUUCAAAAAACAAAAUCUGACGCCAGUCGAGGAUAUUUUGUAAAUAUAAAAGCGCAUUUUCCUAUAGGUACUCAUGAUAAACUUAAGGAUUUGCCACCAGCAGUUGAAAAUAUUGCAGUAAAACUUCUAGGAUUAUUCAAAGAUGAAUGUCCCAAUAAUGCAAUUUCAAAAUCAUACCAUAUCCGCUCUAAACUUUACCAUUAUGUAUUGGCCGAUAAAACCACAAAAUCAAAACAUAAAGGUGUAAGUAAAAACGGUAUGAAUGAAAUGGCUCAAAAUUCUUAUCCUAAUAAUACAGCUCCUAUGUCUCAAGUAUACCAUAGUUGUAUAUUUGAUAAUAAAGUAUAUUAUGCUAAGAAUAUUGGUAUUCGUUCAAAAGAUCAUAUAUUAUCUGUAGUUGAAUCUGAAAAAAAGGCAGUUGCGCCAGUUAAUGAUAAAUUCUGGAUUUUCAAAGAUGGGGUAUCAUAUUUACCAUACUUCCAUUGGCGCAUUGACGCAAUGAAAAAAUUUGUAGCAAAUGGAAUGUCAGAAGAAGAAGCAGAAAAAAGGGCUAUGAAAUUAACUCUCAAACCCGAAUACCAAUAA